CAAGUCACACCACAGCGAAAAAACAGGGUAAAGCAACUCCCAAAGUAGCAAACCUGACACAACCCAAAACCAUCAAUUUCCUCAAUCGAUUCGUCAAAAAAGCUGAUAAGCAGGUGAAUUCUUAAUGACAAAUUCAUCAAUGGGUUCGAUUUCAAACCCGGAAAACGAACAAAACAUAAUCAAAACCAAACCACAAGGAAUCCAAUUCAUAGAAUAUACCAAAAACUCAACCCUCUCAUACAAAACACACCAAUCCAUAGUCCUAAUCAUCACAUUUUUAGCUUACGCGAGCUAUCAUGCAGCUCGAAAAACCACAAGCAUCAUAAAAAGCUCACUUGAUCCUCAAUCUCAGUCUCCAAACGACACCCUACAAUCCAUCUCCUUACUUUCGUGGUUGUUAGGAAGCGGGUGGGCCCCAUUUAACGGAUCAAACGGGACCGGAUUGCUUGGAGAUCUUGACUUGGCGUUCCUAUUUGUAUACGCGAUUGGUAUGUUCUUCUCGGGCCAUAUAGGCGAUCGAAUGAACCUAAGGGUAUUUUUGACAAUUGGAAUGGUUGGAACCGGUUUGUUCACUUCAUUAUUUGGAGUUGGAUAUUGGGCAAACAUUCAUUUCUUUUACUAUUACUUGGUAGUUCAAAUGCUAGCCGGGUUGUUUCAAUCCACGGGUUGGCCUUCCGUGGUUGCAGUUGUUGGGAAUUGGUUUGGAAAGAGUAAACGAGGGCUCAUAAUGGGUAUAUGGAACGCUCAUACGUCUAUAGGGAAUAUAACCGGAUCAUUGAUUGCUUCUUAUUUCUUAAAAUAUGGUUGGGGUUGGUCGAUGGUUGUUCCUGGUUUAAUGAUUACUAUCGUUGGUUUGUUGGUGUUCUUGUUUCUGCCUGUUGAUCCUGAAUCAGUAGGAGUUGAUGGAGAUGGAGAUGGAGAUGGAGAUAAAUCGGUUGAAAAAAUAGGGGCUGAAGUCACUAAACCUCUAUUGAGCUCAAAGGCAAACAUCCAGAAAGAGAAAGAAUCACCCGUGGGGUUUAUAGAAGCAUGGAAGAUACCCGGGGUUGCCCCGUUUGCAUUUUGCCUCUUUUUUGCAAAGUUGGUUGCUUAUACGUUUUUGUAUUGGCUCCCGUUUUACAUCAGUCACACAGCCAUAGAUGGUGAAUACUUAUCUGACGUGGCUGCGGGCAAUCUAUCUACAUUAUUCGACGUAGGGGGAGUUGUGGGAGGAAUCCUAGCUGGACACAUUUCCGACCGAUUAAAUGCUCGAGCCAUCACAGCAGCAAGCUUCAUGUAUUGUGCUAUUCCAGCUCUGUAUUUCUACCGAAACUAUGGACACGUGUCCAUGACUAUAAACAUUAUUCUAAUGUUAAUCACGGGCAUGUUUGUAAAUGGGCCCUACGCUCUCAUAACAACUGCGGUCUCGACUGACCUCGGGACCCACCGGUCCCUGAGAGGUAACUCUCGGGCCCUUGCGACCGUCACUGCAAUAAUUGACGGAACGGGCUCAAUCGGUGCUGCGAUCGGGCCGUUGCUCACGGGUUACAUUUCAACCCGGAGCUGGAGUGCGGUUUUUACCAUGCUUAUGGUGGCGGCAUUUGUGGCGGGGUUGUUUCUUACUAGACUCGUGGUGGCGGAAAUAGCAUCGAAAUGGGAAGAUUCGAGACGGGGUUCGAUUAGUAUUCGGAGGUCUCCUUUAGUUGAAGUGUGAUUGCUUCUGAUGGUAUUUUUGUAAAUACAUGUGAUAUUAUGUGUAUGUGAUUAUAAAUCGAUUUUGUAUUUAAUCUUUUGAAUGAAUGCGACUUUACUCAAGCUUGG